CUUACUCAACAGCAGUUGCAGUUUCUAAAUUUACGCGCCUCUUCCCCCUCGGCGUACAAUAGGCAUUGCUGUCACCCUCGUGCUCUCUGGCUCUGUUCUCUAUUCCCGUGAACACAUUUUUACAAUCAGCCAGAAGCCACAACAUCUCCAAAGUUACCGCGCUCGUUUUUCCCGUGACUACGUCUUCGAUUGCUCGUGGUCUUUUUCUCGGAAAACGAUUCAGGUUGAGAGAAGGUUGAUUUGAAAGAAGGCAAAAUGAAUCGCUUCAUGUAUUUGGUUGGGAGGGGGCAGGUUGUUGAUGACGAAGACGAUGGAGAUUUCCAGAUGCCUGAUCUGCGUGAACGGAUCAAAGGAUCGUCUGCAAGUGUACUCAACAUGUUUAACGGAGACUUGGGAUUGAGAAGAUUCAGUGGUGGUAGCUGCUUCAAUGGCAUCAAAGGCUUCAUCAUCCUUCCUGAUAACUGGUGGUACAGAACAUGGACGAAGUUCAUAUUGUUAUGGGCAGUGUACUCUUCAUUUUUCACACCCAUGGAAUUUGGAUUCUUCAGAGGAUUGCCAGAGGACUUGGUCUUCCUGGACAUUGCUGGCCAGAUUGCUUUUCUUAUCGACAUUGUGCUCCGAUUCUUCCUUGCCUACAGGGAUGCCCACACUUACCGCAUGGUCUACAAGCGCACAUCUAUUGCACUUAGGUAUAUGAAAUCUAGUUUUGUCAUUGAUUUAAUUUGCUGUUUGCCUUGGGAUAUUAUUUACAAGGCUUGUGGGAGAAAAGAAGAAGUGAGGUACCUCUUAUGGAUUAGGUUGAUUAGGGUGUGCAAAGUCACAGAUUUUUUCCAAAACUUGGAAAAGGACACACGGAUCAAUUAUAUGUUUACCAGGAUUCUGAAACUUAUUGCUGUUGAACUCUAUUGCACGCAUACAGCAGCUUGUGUCUUUUACUAUUUGGCUACAACACUUCCCCAAUCUGAAGAGGGGUACACAUGGAUUGGAAGUUUAAAGCUGGGGGACUACAGUUACUCUCACUUUAGAGAGAUUGAUAUCUGGAAGCGGUACACAACAUCUUUAUAUUUUGCAAUCAUCACAAUGGCCACUGUUGGUUACGGGGAUAUACAUGCUGUAAAUCUGAGAGAAAUGAUUUUUGUCAUGAUUUAUGUGUCUUUUGACAUGAUUCUUGGUGCUUACUUGAUCGGUAACAUGACAGCCUUAAUAGUUAAAGGAUCAAAAACUGAAAGAUUUAGGGAUAAGAUGACUGAUGUCAUCAAAUAUAUGAACAGAAACAGACUUGAUAGGGACGUUCGCAAUCAGAUCAAAGGCCACCUACGCUUACAGUAUGAGAGUGGCUACACUGAAGCUUCUGUUAUUCAGGAUCUUCCUAUCUCUAUUCGAGCUAAGAUUGCCCAAACUUUAUAUAAGCCAUUGGUUGAAAAGGUUUCUCUUUUUAGGGGAUGCUCUUUGGAACUCAUCAAUCAAAUUGUAAUCAGAGUUCAUGAGGAGUUUUUUCUUCCAGGUGAAGUGAUAAUGGAGCAGGGAAAUGUGGUAGAUCAACUUUAUUUUGUCUGUCAUGGAAUGCUGGAAGAGAUAGGCAUUGGGGCAGAUGGAUCAGAAGAAACAGUUUUGCCUCUGCAACCUAACAGCUCCUUUGGAGAAAUUUCAAUUCUUUGCAACAUUCCUCAACCAUAUACAGUUCGAGUUCUUGAAUUGUGUAGGCUUCUGCGCCUUGAUAAACAAUCUUUUACAGAUAUUCUUGAAAUAUAUUUUUAUGAUGGGCGGAGAAUCUUGAACAACCUUCUAGAGGGAAAGGAAUCAAAUCUUCGUGUCAAGCAACUGGAGUCAGAUAUCACAUUUCAUAUUGGUAGGCAAGAAGCUGAACUUGCUUUAAGGGUAAACAGUGCUUCUUAUCAUGGGGAUCUAUAUCAGCUAAAGAGUUUGAUUCGAGCUGGAGCUGAUCCCAACAAGACAGAUUAUGAUGGAAGAUCACCUUUGCAUCUUGCAUCAGCAAGAGGAUUUGAAGAUAUUGUAACUUUCCUUAUACAAGAAGGUGUGGAUGUCAAUAUUUCAGAUAAUUUUGGAAACACGCCCUUAUUAGAAGCCAUCAAGAAUGCACAUGAUCGCGUUGCUUCUUUGCUUGUUAAUAAAGGGGCCUUGCUGAAGAUUGAUGAUGCUGGUGGUUUUCUGUGUGCGACCAUUGCAAGGGGGGAUUCAGAUUUUCUUAAAAGGAUUCUGUCCAAUGGCAUUGAUCCAAACUCCAAAGACUAUGAUCACAGAACCCCACUUCAUGUGGCUGCCUCAGAAGGGUUAUAUUUUAUGGCAAAGUUGCUUUUAGAAGCCAGGGCUAGUGUAUUCUCAAAGGACAGAUGGGGAAACACCCCACUUGAUGAAGGUUGGAAGUGUGGAAACAAGAAUCUAAUGAAGCUAUUGGAAGAUGCAAAAGUGGCUCAGCUUUCUGAAUUUCCUGACUGCUCUAGAGAGAUCACAGAUAAAAUGCACCCGAGGAAAUGUACUGUGUUCCCUUUCCACCCAUGGGAUCCGAAAGAACAUAAAAGGCCUGGCAUCAUGUUAUGGGUCCCUCAAACCAUUGAAGAGCUGAUCAAGACUGCAACAGAGGGGCUACAAUUUUCAAGUGAAUCCUGUAUAUUAUCAGAGGAUGGAGGUAAAAUUUUGGAUGUAGACAUGAUAAGCGAUGGUCAGAAGCUAUAUUUGUUAUGUGAAACACUAGAUAUUUAGUGUUUCGUCUGCUGUAAAUCGAAUUCUCUGUAGCUGUAGCUGUAGCUGUAGCUUGGCCUUUGUAGUCCAUCGUCAUUUGUAAUAUAGAUACGUGCUGUGUUGCUGCAACUGCUGAGCCUGUAUGUAUAACGUUUCUCUCUACUCCA